UCUCAGGGUCAAUCUCUUCCUCUUCUACAGACAUUAAAUCUCUUACACUUCUUCCUCUCCUGGCUGGCCCAUCAUUGAGACCUCUGCUUUCAUUCCGGUCCCUCUUACCCCGGACGAGUUUGCGGUUCCCCCGUCUCCAGCUUCGCCACAGGGCUAGGACUCUUAAACGAUAUACAGCGAACUGAAGCCGCCGGUUCAAGACUCAUGUUGGAUUCUGGUUUAUAUUAGAGACUUGUCGGACUAAAAUUAGCUGGUGCAUCGUUGUUUGUGGGAUUGCGAUAUGCCUAUUACCGACCGAUCCUCCCAACAAGAUGGUGCCCCUCACAGUCUAAUCCAAGAAAAUCGGCUAAACUGCAACAACACCAUGGACGCCUCGCAGGCUUCUUUGAAAUCGAUAUUUGGACCCUCUCAUAGCGCCGACGAUACAGACCUCGAAUCCGACGCCCACCAACACGUGUCCCACGGCUUCAGCAAUGUGACCAAAGCCCCCGCAAAUCUCGCAACCGAGAAUGUCGCUCCCUUUCUUGCCAGACACAUUCCCGAACAAUAUGCUCCCCUCGGGGCCCAGUCGAUCCUACCGGCAGAACUGAGCAGCGCAAACUCCAAAUACUGCUAUCGCCAUCGGCCGGACAUCAAAUGUCGACGACAGGCGGAUGAGCCCACCAUGGAUAAGCUUCAGCAGGGGUUGGAAACCCUCCCUCAGGGUGAUCAACAAAGUAUUUCGCAUAUUUGGUCUCUAUUUUCUGCCGCGCCCGCCAAGCACCGGAAACUCAUUUUGCAAGGAAUCCUGGCGCAGUGCUGCUUCCCACAACUUUCGUUCGUUUCGGCUACUGUGCGCGAUCUCAUCCGCAUCGACUUUAUUACCGCACUACCUCCCGAGAUCUCUUUCAAAAUUCUGUGCUAUCUGGACACUACGUCACUUUGCAAGGCUGCCCAGGUUUCUCGACGAUGGAGGGCGCUCGCUGACGAUGAUGUUGUGUGGCACCGGAUGUGUGAACAGCAUAUUCAUCGCAAGUGCAAGAAAUGCGGCUGGGGCUUGCCACUUCUGGACCGUAAGAGGCUCCGAGAGUCCAAGCGGGAGAUCGAAUUACGGGCCACAACAUGGGGAAUGAACAGAGCGGAGUCCGAAUCACCCCAUCCAGAAUCCCAAGCGAAUUCUCUGGCUGAAGUGACCAACACUGGCAAGAGGAAGCAGGAACCAAGCAACGAGGAUGCCGUGGUAAAACGCCAUUGCUCAUCAUUGAUCCCCGCAUCUGAAGGAGAUCACGAUUACUUCAAAACCCGAUAUCGACCCUGGAAAGCUGUGUACAAGGAUCGUUUCAAGGUGGGCACAAAUUGGAAAUAUGGGCGAUGCUCGAUCAAGACCUUCAAGGGUCACACGAAUGGGGUUAUGUGUUUGCAGUUUGAAGAUAAUAUUCUCGCUACCGGCUCUUAUGACACAACUAUUAAAAUAUGGGAUACGGAAACUGGAGAGGAACUGCGCACCCUUCGCGGGCAUGAGUCCGGAAUUCGCUGUCUGCAGUUUGAUGACACUAAGUUGAUUAGUGGCAGCAUGGAUCGCACGGUGAAGGUCUGGAACUGGCGUACGGGAGAGUGUAUUUCCACCUAUACCGGCCACCGUGGUGGUGUGAUUGGGUUACACUUCGAUGCUUCGAUAUUGGCCUCUGGGUCCGUUGACAAGACAGUAAAGAUCUGGAACUUUGAGGAUAAGUCGACAUUCCUUCUCCGUGGCCAUACCGAUUGGGUCAAUGCAGUCAGAGUGGAUACCAUGUCUAGGACCGUUUUUUCAGCUUCGGAUGACUGUACGGUGCGGCUUUGGGAUCUGGACACCAAAACUUGUAUCCGAACCUUCCAUGGGCAUGUGGGUCAAGUGCAACAGGUUGUCCCUCUACCCAGAGAAUUCGAAUUUGAAGAGCACGACGCUGAGUGUGAGAAUGACAACCUUAGCACCACGUCUGGAGAUAACGAGUCACCCUCUCUGCAAGCCUCUAUGGGGUCGGAAUCCAAUUCUGCUUCCAACCAAUCCUCGGAUUUUGGCCCUUCGUUUGAGAAUGGCCGCCCGGCACCACCGCGCUACAUGGUUACGAGUGCAUUGGAUUCUACGAUUCGUCUCUGGGAGACCACUACCGGCCGUUGCUUGCGUACGUUUUUUGGUCACUUAGAGGGCGUCUGGGCCCUCAGUGCCGAUACCCUCCGCAUCGUGUCUGGUGCUGAAGACCGCAUGGUUAAGAUCUGGGAUCCCAGAACUGGCAAAUGCGAGAGGACUUUCACCGGCCACUCUGGACCGGUGACUUGCCUCGGUCUGGGAGACAGCCGUUUCGCUACUGGAAGCGAGGAUUGCGAAGUACGGAUGUACUGCUUCCAGAGCUGAUUUUUUUUUUCUGUUCGACCUUCACGUAUUUUUCAUUUGACUACCCCUUUAUAAUGACUUUCUAUUUAGGUUUGGACGGUUGGCGGAUACCCUUCAAGCGGCGUUGUGUGUGUUUUUUUUAUACCUUUAUUCCCUUGAAAACGGCCAUAUACAGACAAAUUGCAUUAUUAUGUUGGAAGCGGAGAACCUAUGGCACACUGGUAUGGGCUUCAUGAGCUUUCUUCAACACGGGCCAAGGCUUUUUUUAAGCGCCUUGGGGGUCUCUGGAUUUGUGAAGCUCAAAAUUUUCAUUCACAG